UAUCCAUUAUGCACACUGUCUCUCAUAUGAGGUAGCAAAUAUUAGAGCAUUUUGUAACUUAUAGAACUAUAAAUACCAGCUCUAUGCCAGAAAGCAGCCCAAAGUCUUCUAUUCUAAAACCAAUAGAUUUUUUCCCCUUUUACAGGUAUAUUUGUAUUAUGUGCAUUGAACCUUACCUUCAAUCUCUGACACUAGAACCCACUCUUUGGCAUCUUGUGUACUCCCUACCAGGGAUUGGUUGAUUUUUCUUUCACACAGAUGAAGAAUUAUACAAUGGUGACUGAGUUUAUUCUCUUGGGAAUCCCUCACACUGAGGGAAUGGAGAUUCAACUUUUUAUUGUGUUUUUAUCUUUCUAUUUCUGCACCCUGCUGGGGAACCUGAUGAUUUUAUUGGCCAUUAUCUCUUCAUCUCGCCUUCAUACACCUAUGUAUUUCUUUCUGUGUAAGUUAUCUAUUUUGGACAUUUUUUUCCCUUCAGUGAGUUCACCCAAAAUGUUAUCCUAUCUGUCUGGAAAAAGUCAUGCAAUCUCAUAUGGAGGUUGUAUAUGUCAACUCUUUUUCUAUCAUUUUGUUGGCUGCACUGAGUGUUUUCUGUGUACUGUGAUAGCCUAUGAUCGCUUUGUUGCCAUCUGUUUCCCUCUGCGGUAUACAGUCAUCAUGAGCCCUAAGGUGUGUGUCAUAUUAGCCCUCGGGUCUUCAUUUUUUGGCUGCAUUCAGGCCACUUUCCUCACUGUCCUUACCUUCCAAUUGCCCUACUGUGGACCCAAUAAGGUGGACUAUUACUUCUGUGAUAUCCCAGUGAUGCUGAAAUUAGCUUGUGCAGAUACCUCAGCCCUGGAGUUGGUCAGUUUCAUCAGUGUGGGACUUAUAUCACUUAGCUGCUUCCUCCUUAUUUUUACUUCAUAUAGCCGCAUUGUUUACUCCAUCUUGAAGAUCUGCACAGCAGAGGGACGGUAUAGAGCCUUCUCCACUUGCAGUGCUCACCUUACAGCCAUUCUUCUUUUGUACAUACCUGUGGUCCUCAUUUACUUACAACCGACCCCCAAUCCUUGGCUGAAUGCCACUCUUCAGAUCCUGAAUAAUCUGGUCACUCCUAUGCUGAACCCCUUGAUCUUCAGCUUGAGGAAUAAGGAAGUAAAAGCAUCCCUAAAGAAGUUGCUGCAGCAGUUUGGAUUCCUUUCUGAGAAGUGAGAGACAGAGAAACAUAGAGAUGGUGUGUUUGCAUUUUUUACUCAACAGAUUUUCCUACA